GGGGGGAGACAUUGACCAGGCCUUGGGGCGAUAAAGAGGGUGUGACGUGCUCGGAUUGCCACCGACGCAGUCGCUCGCGCGUGAGUCCAAAGGCCCCGGCUUUGGGGCACAGACCAUGCGCGGGCGCAAAAUGUUUGGCAGCUUUGUCAAGGCCUUCAAGGCCGGUAUCGAAGAGCUCAAGACGAGCACCCAGCGUACGCCUCUCGAUGAUCUGCGUCAGACCUGGAAGGAUAUUGCUGAAUAUGUUGUCUACUGUGAACAGCAUGAUGAUGCAACGCCCGUCGACGCAACCAAUCUUCCCGGUUGUUUCAGCACCAUCAUUGGUAUCUUGCAACGCGAAGAAGACGCCUUGCCAGCCGAUGGCGCCACUGGGCCCUGCAUGGAGUACUUCCUCAACCAUCGCGUCUUUGACCAGAUGGUGAAGAUGUGCCUGUUUGAUACAACGACGCGCCUUGCGCGUGAGGCUUUACAAGUGUGCCUGGCCCGAGGCUCUGAACCCGUUCUCGAUGCCAUUCUGGCCAGCUCUGCCUGCAACCAACUGGGCGCUCAUUCCUUCGUCGCGAUGGGACCCAAUUUGCAGGCGGAUCACCUUGUGGAACUAUAUGUAGAGCUACCCAUCAACCCAGCUGAUGCCAGUCCCUCUUUGAGCUUGGAGCUAGCCAAUUUGAGUUCGGGAAAAUUGCCUCAUUGGCGGGAGCACUUGCGCGCUUGUAACCGCGAUCCACCACGACACCAGGACGCCAAGGCCCUCCACCACUUUCUGAACUGGCUCAACUACCUUGAUACCUUGUGCAAUCUUGACGCCAAGUUUGCUCAGGCUCUCUCUGCUGCCGUCCUCAAACGAGCGCUGCUUGCAGUGGUGGCAAAGAAGCUCCUUCAGGCAUCAGAGGACGUGGCUUGGGUCGCCACCAAGUACAUCCAUGCGUGCAUCACGCAACUUCGUUCUUCUAUCCUACUUCGAGCCUUUGUGGUGUUUUUGGUGAGUGCUGACACGACCCAGCCACUGGCGCAAGAUGUGACCGUGGCACAAGUGGAAGCGGAGGGCAUCAUGCUACCAGUCUCCACGACAGACCAAGGUGGCUCCAAGGGUAUUGAUGGAGGGGACGAUGUUUUUGUCGAGCUGGAGGACAGCAAGGUGAUGGCAGCCUACACAUUCGAGUGCUCGGCCGACGAGCUGCAGCUGACCGAGCAGCUGCGUUCGCGCUUGAUCGCGCGCUGCGAUGACAUGUCUGAUGACUUGAGCCUGGCCACGCUCAACCUUGUGGCAAGCCUGCUUCGCUCUGGCCAUGAGCUGGUCUACCAGCAAUUACUGGCCAAGGACCUGCUGCCAUCUGCCGAACCCCCCACUGCAACGGAUUCCACGUCUGCCUCGUCGCCUUCGUCUGAUGAGGCAGCCGAACGCAAUCGCGCUGCGCGCGUCUGGGUUGAUCGCCUGAUGAACAUUUUGCCCACACACCUCAAGACGGAUGAUGGCAGCGAAAGUUAUGCCGCCUAUUUGCAGCACACCCAAACCACGAGCCCUCAGCCGGCCAAUGCUUUUGCCUUUGUCGCACAGGCCCGUUUGGUUUGUCUCAUUCAAGGCGCCACGCGCGAUGAACUGGAAUCGUGGCUCUUGAAUCCCGAUAAUGCCCAGCUGGACGUGACUUUGGACCCCAUCAGCGUCAAGGGACAGCACUACACCUGCCGACCUGCCUCGCUGCUAGAUAUGCUUCAUUUGCGCUUGAAGCGGGUGCUGCAGCAGGACUAUCGGACAUCGCUUGCCAUCACAGACAUUUACUCGCAAAUCCUUCAGACCCCACACCGUGCAUUGCGCACAUUCCUGCUGAGUGAUGACCCCAAGAGCUUGUGGACGGUGUUGCAGCAACUGAGCCAGGACGUGAUGCUGCGGUCGGGCAAGGACAAGACGAUUGAGAAUCGUCUGAGCGCAACGCGUCGCGAUCUUGAGUCAGUUGGUGCUGGGACUCACUUGCUGUUCAGCAAAAGUUUUUUCGAUUUGACUUUGAUCGUUUCAAAUGCCGAGCGAAGUUCAGCAAAGUGA